CGUGCCGCCGCGGCUGGGGCAGUGGGGCCAUGGCGGGGCCGGGCGGCGGGCGCCGCGCUGCGGGGCUCUCCCUGCGACACUGGCUGCAGCCGCUGGCCGGGGCGCCGCGCUCGGAGCCGGCCCGGAGGGGCCGAGCCAGCGCGGCCGGAGCAGCCGCUGCGCAGCCGGGCGAGCGGCGGCUGAAGGGCCCCGAGGAGCUGCCGGGGCCGGGGCCGCUCCGCUCCCUCUACUGGAUCUUAGUGCGCGGCUACCUGCUGCACACGCACCAGCUGCAGGUGAAGUUCCGGAAGCUUUAUGGCCCCAUGUGGAAAUCCACCUUUGGGAAGUACAAGAACGUGAACAUUGGGAGCCCGGAGAUCCUGGAGCAGCUGCUGAGGCAGGAGGAGAAAUACCCUGUGAGAAGCGACAUGACCCUGUGGAAGGAGCAUCGGGAUACCAGGCAGCUUUCGUACGGCCUGUUCACCGAGGAAGGGGAACGCUGGUACCGCCUGCGUCAGGUCCUCAACCAGCGGAUGCUCAAGCCGUCGGAGGCCAUGCUGUACACGGGGGCCAUCAACGAGGUGGUGUCGGACCUGAUAGUCCGGCUGCAGGUGGAGAGGGCGGGGAGCCCCUCGGGGGUCCUGGUGGGGGACGUGAACAACCUGCUCUACAGAUUCGCCCUGGAAGGCAUCUCCUACAUCCUCUUCGAGACCCGCAUCUGGUGCCUGGAGCAGGAGAUCCCUGUGGAGACGCAGCGCUUCAUUGACGCCAUCGGCCUCAUGCUGAAGAACUCCGUCUUCACCAACAUCCUGCCCGAGUGGAGCCGGGAGCUGCUGCCCUUCUGGAACCGCUACCUGGAGAACUGGGACAUCAUCUUCGCCUUCGGCAAGAAGCUGAUUGACAGGAAGAUGGAGGAGCUGGAGGGGCAGCUGGAGCGAGGCAAGCAGGUGUCGGGCUACCUGAGCUACCUGCUGGCCAGCAGCAGGCUGACGCUGGAGGAGGUGAACGGCAGCGUGGCGGAGCUGCUCCUGGCCGGCGUGGACACGACGUCCAACACCUUGACCUGGGCCCUCUACCAUCUGGCCAGGACCCCAGAGACCCAGACCUCCUUGUACCAGGAGGUGAACAGUGUCGUGCCCGGAGAUCAGAUCCCCAGUGCUGAGGAUCUUCCCAAGAUGCCGCUGCUUCGGGCCACUAUCAAGGAAACGCUCAGGCUGUACCCCGUGGUCCCCACCAACGCCAGGGUCGUAGUGGAGAAAGAUAUCGUCAUUGGAGGCUAUCACUUCCCGAAGAACACGCUCUUCGUCCUGGCUCACUACGCGAUGGCGCACGACCCGACCAGCUUCCCGGAGCCCGAGCGCUUCCUGCCCCAGCGCUGGCUCCGGGGCCACGGCUCCACCCACCACCCCUUCAGCUCCAUCCCCUUCGGCUAUGGGGUCCGCAGCUGUUUGGGCCGGCGCAUCGCGGAGCUGGAGAUGCACCUGGCUCUGGCCAGGAUCAUCCGGACAUUCGAGCUGCGGCCGGACCCCCGUGGCACGGAGGUGAAGUCGGUCUCCCGCAUUGUCCUUGUGCCCAAACAGCCCAUCCAGCUGCAGUUCAUUGCCCGCCAGCCGGCCCCCUGAGUUCACCCACCCCGCUUUGCUUAUCCCAGGGCGCCAUCCGAGUCCGCCCCUCGCCUGGGCCUUCUGGGCUAAACGGGUCUGGCCUGGGCCCGGCUCUCUCCCCGUUAGGCCCUGGGGGUGGCAGCUGCCCACGGGUCAGGGUGUAGAUGGGAUCUCGGCUGGCGGGCAGAGCAGCCGUGUGAUCUCAAUGUAGCUGGAAUCAAUGGGCCAAAGGUGUUCCUGCGCCCGGCGCUCUCCAGCCGUCCAGGGUGUGGAACAGGGUCCGUGGGCACAGCCUGGGCCGCCCGGGCACCCUGCCAAAUGCCCUAGCCCACCCCACCCCCAUUGCUUUGUCUGUCCAUUAAGCCUAACUGCCCCCUCACCCAUUGUGGUUCGUUCAUUUCCGGACCCCCACACUCAGGCUGUGUUCACCAGGCCUGAGCUGCCCCGGCCUGGUGAACACAGUGGGGGUACGUUGGUGGGUCUGGCUAUCACCCCAGCUCCCGGGAAUGGGUCAGGGCCUCCCGCUGCUUGGGGGGGGGCUGUGGUCCCCUUUAAUCAUGAAAGCACUGAGCCGGAGGUGCCGCUGCUCCGAUCUAAAGAGCAAACUCGGCAUCCCCCCCCUCGGUGUCAUUGGACCUCCCUGCAGCAGCAGGGACCCGAAGGUCAGCUCGCCCCCCUCGCCCCACCCCAGGGGCUGCCCGUUCCAGGCUGGGCGGUGGGGGGGGGUUGCCCCAAUGUGCCCCUGCAGCUCUAGCGCCACCUAGCCCCUCCCCCCCACACCCCUGCAGAGCGACAAUCUGUUGCGGGUGCCGCCAGGGGGGACCCAUCCAGCUGUGCCAGCCGGUGGAACGGCUGCAGCGGGCUCCAUUAACCUCCCUGCCACCGGCCUGCGGCUAAUGCACAGGGCUGGGCCCCAGGACUCCUGGGUCCAAACCCCAACGCUGACACUGACUCUCAUCCCCUCCGUGGCCCGGAGGCCCUCGGGCAAAGCAGGGACAGCGAUGGUGAGCGACCUGCCACGUGCCUGCAAACUCCCAGCUUCCCCGGGGGACUGGGGACUGCGGGUUGGGGGGAGUCAGCGCUGCCCCAGGCGUGCGGGGGGGUCCUGUAGCCCAGCUGAGCAGCAAUAAAGCAACAUGCGCUUAAGCUCC